GUCACCGGCGAGAGAAUGGAUUCCGGCGAGGUACGGGGAACCGUCGGAGCAGAGAGAGAGAUCAGAGCGGGUAUGGUGAGCUGCGAGAUUUCCGUCGAGGAGCAACGCAGGGAGAGAGAGAAACACGUUGGAACAGGAUAUUGAAAUCAAUAGAUUCUACUAAUAUUGCCUUGAUCCAAAGGAUGACUCUGCUUCCACUCCAAACAAAUUCGGGCCCAUUUCUCUAUCAAAUUUCAUUUACACAAGCAAGCAACGGAGAUCGAAUUUUAUCGCACUGAUGCAAGAACAUUAUGCUCACAGAUUUGGCAUCAAGAGAAGCUACUCAGAAUGAAGAGGAGGUGGUUAAUGGGAUUGCCCAUGAUGUCCAAAUCAAGAUAUUCCCAAAGGCGGUUCAAAACACCAAAAUUCUUAAAAAAUAUGUAUUUGCUUGAAUCAUUUGUGAGAGAUGACGAUGUUUCAAGUGAGACUGUAAGAACUUCUGUAGAAAGAGCCUUUAGAGCAUUUAUUGGUAAACAAGAAGGGCAUCAUGUGGUUCAGGACUAUCUCCAACACUUAAGCAUGAAUGGGGUUCGCAACAACACCAUCCAUCCAUCUGAUGUUUUAAAGGCUGUUUAUUCUGCGCUAGAUGAUUUGAACAACAAUGGGCUAUUCCGUCUAGCUAAUAUUGCCUCAGGAAACAUGAUUGAGUUUGAGAAAACCCGUCCUAUGAUGAAAAAAGUCAUUAAAGAGCAUCUUCCGAACAUACUCAGAAGAUCAAAUAAUGUGGAGUGGAUGGAGCCGCUGACACAACUGUUUGUGGAGUCGAGUAAUUUUCGAGAACAUCGUGUGACACUUCUCACCCCUGUCUCACAACCUCUUCUUUCCGCUGCUAGUAAGGUGUUGGAGAGACUUGACAACGUGUGUCUUCAUACACUGAAUGCAAUGCGCAGAAUGCUCACAGGUGCCCCAGCUAUGCCUCAAUUGCAAUAUAUCCGCUCUGGCUGGUGUAAAGAUCGUUUGCUUGCACAAGUUCAGAAGACUUGCAAUAGGAUGUUAUCUAGGCUUGAUGAAAGAGAUGAACUGCCAAAACCAUUGGCUAAAGCAAUGGCAGUCGCAGGUUUAUCUCUCAAGGAAUUAUGUGGACUUUCUGUUUUUCCCAUUCCAGAGUUUUUCCAUUUUUCUCCAGAAGUAGAAGCCUUGCAGAAUGAUAUCCUGAAGGCUCUUCGGUCCCUCCCAAAGGUUAGGCAUCAUGAGCUAAAAGAUUUGCAAGCUGUACUGGACCCAAAGACUGAAAUUCCAAACCGAUCUUUUCGGAUACAUCUUCGAAGAUAUUUGACCGAAUAUCUUUUUGAAUGCAGCGAACUAGAGAUUCCCAAUUCUUUAUUUGGAACCCUUGCUUUUAUCAACAGAACUUCUCGACGAAAACUGGGUAUCUGUUUCUCGAAGGAGAAAAUGGAGGAAGAGCUAGAAUGUGUACUGGAUCUGAGCAGUCAGCUGAGGCAGAUGAUAUGGGAAUUGCAUCCAGGUCAUGACAUUGAUCAAGAAUUUGUUGAUGCAUAUAUGGUUGACUCGGAAAAUGAUGAUGAUGAAGAAUUGGACAAUGAUAAAAAAUCCCCCAAUUUUGAAUAUUCCAAUGUACUGCAUCAUGGGGAUGCUCAGUUUGGACAAACAGAUCGUCUGCCCCAUUCAGAUGAUGAGAGUGUUGGGGAUUCAAGACCAUCAGCUAUUUGUAAGCAACUAGUCUUGACUGCCAAUGGAAGUGACUCUCCCCAGCUCUCAACGGCUUUUGAAAACUUCAAUGGUAAUUCUGCUGAAGGACCUGAACUUAAGCAGGUUGCAGGGCCUAGUUCAAGCUAUCAGCACGGCUUUGAUUCCUCAUAUGACAUGGGGGGUUCAAGAAAAUCCUUUCCUGAAAGUUCUCUGCACGAUGGAGGAAGCAAGAGCAAAAACCGGUACCUCACCAUCCAAGAUAUCUGUGACAAGACAAGUCUGGUUGCUCAUCAACUCAUUGGCCGUUUAUUAGAGGCAUUUUUAGAGAUAGAGGGCAUGGAUUUUGAUCCAAGUACAAUAUCCUAUCUCAGAGGUGGAGCAUCAGUUCCUUCAGAUUUUCAAGCAGGAGAAGCACAAGCUUCCUCCAAGGAAGAUAUAGGUCUUAUUCUUGUUCAAGCUGUCAAAGAGCUAAUGCCUUCUUUUCCAGAGAGUGGAAUAGAAAGAGUGAAUGAAUUGAUGAGGCUGUCAUAGCUUUCCUGUAAACUGUUUCUUGAAUUCUAUAAUUUUGGAAGGAAAGCCGGCUUCUUGUUUGAUAAAAGGGGUGUGUCUAAGCUGUUGAUCAUAAGACAGCCAUGCAAAGUUCAUAGUGCAGGAUUUACUUCGAAGCAGGGCGCACGCCAUGGAAAGUAGAGGCAUCCAAGAUCUGAAAGGAAAAGAGAGGUAUCAUUUAUUUUGAGGCAGGUACUUUCGUCCUUGCUAAGAGGAACUUGAAUAUUGCAAGUGAGAUUCAUCAUUUUAAUAAAAAUGAAGCUCGGUUUACAUGAAAAGGGAACUAAAAGAGAAAUUUCCUAUGGCAAGGCUGUGAAGGACUGGCCAUGGAGUAAGGACUAUGGAGCAUAACCCAAAGGGUUCUAUAUCCAUGAGUUGUGUAAGUUGUGGAGGAAGUCUUAAUCUUUGUUAUAGAAGCAUUACACUUUGAUUAGCCUGAAUUUGGAAAGGCCCAUUUCCUUCUUUUGGCUUUUGGCUAGAAGAUUAGCUCUGCUUUUUUGCUGUCUUUGCAAGUGUAAUAAUGAAUGAUCCAUGCUGAAAAUCUUCCUUUUCUUGGGAUCUAAAUGUAUUUUUCAAUGUCUC